GUGAACUCUGACCUUAGCUUUCCGUAGCGUCCCGCGUCUGCCGCCCCCGCCCCCGGAGCGAAGGAGGCGGGCUUUGGCCUUUUGCCCUAGGGAGCGAGUGCGGAGCGAGUGGGAGCGAGACGGCCCUGAGUGGAAGUGUCUGGCUCCCCGUAGAGGCCCUACUGUACGCCCCGCCACCCAUGAGCUCGUUCUCACCUGAACAGCGCUGUCGUUAAGCUGGCCCUGUAGCCUCGGCUUACUCCGGGACAGGCCCACGCCUCGCCGGGGAGGGGGCAGCCCGUUGAGGCGCCUCCCUAGUCAGCGUCGGCGUCGCGCUGCGACCCUGGAAGCGGGAGCCGCCGCGAGCGAGAGGAGGAGCUCCAGUGGCGGCGGCAGCGGCAGCGGGCAGCAGCUCCAGCAGCGCCAGCGGGCGGGAUCGAGGCCGUCAAAAUGGCGAGCGCCUCGUACCACAUUUCCAAUUUGCUGGAAAAAAUGACAUCCAGCGACAAGGACUUUAGGUUUAUGGCUACAAAUGAUUUGAUGACGGAACUGCAGAAAGAUUCCAUCAAGUUGGAUGAUGAUAGUGAAAGGAAAGUAGUGAAAAUGAUUUUGAAGUUACUGGAAGAUAAAAAUGGAGAGGUACAGAAUUUAGCUGUCAAAUGUCUUGGCCCUUUAGUGAGUAAAGUGAAAGAAUACCAAGUAGAGACAAUUGUAGAUACCCUCUGCACUAACAUGCUUUCUGAUAAAGAACAACUUCGAGACAUUUCAAGUAUUGGUCUUAAAACAGUAAUUGGAGAACUUCCUCCAGCUUCCAGUGGCUCUGCAUUAGCUGCUAAUGUAUGUAAAAAGAUUACUGGACGUCUUACCAGUGCAAUAGCAAAACAGGAAGAUGUUUCUGUUCAGCUAGAAGCCUUGGAUAUUAUGGCUGAUAUGUUGAGCAGGCAAGGAGGACUUCUUGUUAAUUUCCAUCCUUCAAUUCUGACCUGUCUACUUCCCCAGUUGACCAGCCCUAGACUUGCAGUGAGGAAAAGAACCAUUAUCGCUCUUGGCCAUCUGGUUAUGAGCUGUGGAAAUAUAGUUUUUGUAGAUCUUAUUGAACAUCUGUUGUCAGAGUUGUCCAAAAAUGAUUCUAUGUCAACAACAAGAACCUACAUACAAUGUAUUGCUGCUAUUAGUAGGCAAGCUGGUCAUAGAAUAGGUGAAUACCUUGAGAAGAUAAUUCCUUUGGUGGUAAAAUUUUGCAAUGUAGAUGAUGAUGAAUUAAGAGAGUAUUGUAUUCAAGCCUUUGAAUCAUUUGUAAGAAGAUGUCCUAAGGAAGUAUAUCCUCAUGUUUCUACCAUUAUAAAUAUUUGUCUUAAAUAUCUUACCUAUGAUCCAAAUUAUAAUUAUGAUGAUGAAGAUGAAGAUGAAAAUGCAAUGGAUGCUGAUGGUGGUGAUGAUGAUGAUCAAGGGAGUGAUGAUGAAUACAGUGAUGAUGAUGACAUGAGUUGGAAAGUGAGACGUGCAGCUGCGAAGUGCUUGGAUGCUGUAGUUAGCACAAGGCAUGAAAUGCUUCCAGAAUUCUACAAGACCGUCUCUCCUGCACUAAUAUCCAGAUUUAAAGAGCGUGAAGAGAAUGUAAAGGCAGAUGUUUUUCACGCAUACCUUUCUCUUUUGAAGCAAACUCGUCCUGUGCAAAGUUGGCUAUGUGACCCCGAUGCAAUGGAACAGGGAGAAACACCUUUAACAAUGCUUCAGAGUCAGGUUCCCAACAUUGUUAAAGCUCUUCACAAACAGAUGAAAGAAAAAAGUGUGAAGACCCGACAGUGUUGUUUUAACAUGUUAACUGAGCUGGUAAAUGUAUUACCUGGGGCCCUAACGCAACACAUUCCUGUACUUGUACCAGGAAUCAUUUUCUCACUGAAUGAUAAAUCAAGCUCAUCGAAUUUGAAGAUUGAUGCUUUGUCAUGUCUAUACGUAAUCCUCUGUAACCAUUCUCCUCAAGUCUUCCAUCCUCACGUUCAGGCUUUGGUUCCUCCAGUGGUGGCUUGUGUUGGAGACCCAUUUUACAAAAUUACAUCUGAAGCACUUCUUGUUACUCAACAGCUUGUCAAAGUAAUUCGUCCUUUAGAUCAGCCUUCCUCGUUUGAUGCAACUCCUUAUAUCAAAGAUCUAUUUACCUGUACCAUUAAGAGAUUAAAAGCAGCUGACAUUGAUCAGGAAGUCAAGGAAAGGGCUAUUUCCUGUAUGGGACAAAUUAUUUGCAACCUUGGAGACAAUUUGGGUUCUGACUUGCCUAAUACACUUCAGAUUUUCUUGGAGAGACUAAAGAAUGAAAUUACCAGGUUAACUACAGUAAAGGCAUUGACACUGAUUGCUGGGUCACCUUUGAAGAUAGAUUUGAGGCCUGUUCUGGGAGAAGGGGUUCCUAUCCUUGCUUCAUUUCUUAGAAAAAACCAGAGAGCUUUGAAACUGGGUACUCUUUCUGCCCUUGAUAUUCUAAUAAAAAACUAUAGUGACAGCUUGACAGCUGCCAUGAUUGAUGCAGUUCUAGAUGAGCUCCCACCUCUUAUCAGCGAAAGUGAUAUGCAUGUUUCACAAAUGGCCAUCAGUUUUCUUACCACUUUGGCAAAAGUGUAUCCCUCCUCCCUUUCAAAGAUAAGUGGAUCCAUUCUCAAUGAACUUAUUGGACUUGUGAGAUCACCCUUAUUGCAGGGGGGCGCUCUUAGUGCCAUGCUAGACUUUUUCCAAGCACUGGUUGUCACUGGAACAAAUAAUUUAGGAUACAUGGAUUUGUUGCGCAUGCUGACUGGUCCAGUUUACUCUCAGAGCACGGCUCUUACUCAUAAGCAGUCUUAUUAUUCCAUUGCCAAAUGUGUAGCUGCCCUUACUCGAGCAUGCCCUAAAGAGGGACCAGCUGUAGUAGGUCAGUUUAUUCAAGAUGUCAAGAACUCAAGGUCUACAGAUUCCAUUCGUCUCUUAGCUCUACUUUCUCUUGGAGAAGUUGGGCAUCAUAUUGACUUAAGUGGACAGUUGGAACUAAAAUCUGUAAUACUAGAAGCUUUUUCAUCUCCUAGUGAAGAAGUCAAAUCAGCUGCAUCCUAUGCAUUAGGCAGCAUUAGUGUGGGCAACCUUCCUGAAUAUCUGCCAUUUGUCCUGCAAGAAAUAACCAGUCAACCCAAAAGGCAGUAUCUUUUACUUCAUUCCUUGAAGGAAAUUAUUAGCUCUGCAUCAGUGGUGGGCCUUAAACCAUAUGUUGAAAACAUCUGGGCCUUAUUACUAAAGCACUGUGAGUGUGCAGAGGAAGGAACCAGAAAUGUUGUUGCUGAAUGUCUAGGAAAACUCACUCUAAUUGAUCCAGAAACUCUCCUUCCACGGCUUAAGGGGUACUUGAUAUCAGGCUCAUCAUAUGCCCGAAGCUCAGUGGUUACGGCUGUGAAAUUUACAAUUUCUGACCAUCCACAACCUAUUGAUCCACUGUUAAAGAACUGCAUAGGUGAUUUCCUAAAAACUUUGGAAGACCCAGAUUUGAAUGUGAGAAGAGUAGCCUUGGUCACAUUUAAUUCAGCAGCACAUAACAAGCCAUCAUUAAUAAGGGAUCUAUUGGAUACUGUUCUUCCACAUCUUUACAAUGAAACAAAAGUUAGAAAGGAGCUUAUAAGAGAGGUAGAAAUGGGUCCAUUUAAACAUACAGUUGAUGAUGGUCUGGAUAUUAGAAAGGCAGCUUUUGAGUGUAUGUACACACUUCUAGACAGUUGUCUUGAUAGACUUGAUAUCUUUGAAUUUCUAAAUCAUGUUGAAGAUGGUUUGAAGGACCAUUAUGAUAUUAAGAUGCUGACAUUUUUAAUGUUGGUGAGACUGUCUACCCUUUGUCCAAGUGCAGUACUGCAGAGGUUGGACCGACUUGUUGAGCCAUUACGUGCAACAUGUACAACUAAGGUAAAGGCAAACUCAGUAAAACAGGAGUUUGAAAAACAAGAUGAAUUAAAGCGAUCUGCCAUGAGAGCAGUAGCAGCACUGCUAACCAUUCCAGAAGCAGAGAAGAGUCCACUGAUGAGUGAAUUCCAGUCACAGAUCAGUUCUAACCCUGAGCUGGCGGCUAUCUUUGAAAGUAUCCAGAAAGAUUCAUCAUCUACUAACUUGGAAUCAAUGGACACUAGUUAGAUGUUUGUUCACCAUGGGGACCAUUACAUAUGACCAUACAAUGCACUGAAUUGACAGGUUAAUCAUAAGACAUGGAAAGAGAAGUGUCUAAAAGCUUCAAAAUGUUCCACUUUUUUUUCCUUCAUGGAGACUGUUUGUUUGGCUUUCUUCCAUUGUUGUUUUUGUAGCAUUUAUUUCAGAAAUGUGUAUUUCCAUAAUCCAGAGGUUGUAAAACCACUAGUGUUUUAGUGGUUACAGCAACAUUUGAAAUGGAAACUAAAAGUUAGGAUUUUAUGGAGUAUGGAGAUAGAGUCCAGUAUCUAUUUACCCUGUAAUGUUUAGGAUUAAAAUGUUGAAAUUUUGUGACCAUGAAUUUCUUUCUUUUAUAAAUUUUCUCAUUUAAAAAUCAAAAAUCUUGCAAAACAAAAACCAUGUUUCUUUUUCUUGUAUAACUUUUUGUUUUCAGCAACAUAAAUUGAUUUUUAGCUGGCAGACAAGAAUAUCCAUAUAAGAUUUGUUACCAUUUCAGAGAGUUUGGCAAUUUUUAAAAGAUAAUAAGGUAUCAUUUUUAAGUAUGAAAAUUAACAAUAUCCCUGUUACACACACUAAUUUUGCAUGAGCAAGUUUACAAAUAUGUAUUGUCUGUAAAGGAGCAUGUGCAGAUUAUUCAUAAUAUAGAAGUUAAAAUAAGUAUUAGUGCAAUUUUCAGAUAUUUAUUUUUGCACAGAAAACACAUUAUCUGGAGAGAAAGGAGAAUUUUUGAGACUUGGGUUUUCUUAAUGCCAGUGUGAAUUUGCAGAUGUUUUCAGCAAAUCAAGUCACAGAAACAAUUUGCCACUUUUUUCUAUUAUAAAUCUUCUUUCUUAAAUUUUGAGUAUUUAAGUGCUCAGUUUUUCUCAGUUACCCAUUUGUGUGCGUGUGUUUCCACUUAGAAAUUCUUAAAACCAGAUUUUUCUUUCAUUCCCUUUGGAUGUCUACAUUCCUUAACAAAGGAUGUAAAUACUGUGUAUGCUUUUGAAUUUUUAUUUUUAGGAAAAUUCUGAAGCCAGCUAUCACAGGUUUGUUAGCUAAUAAUAGUAUUUUCUUUUAGUUGAGGUAGGUUUUUCCCCAUUUCCUGUAGAGCUAAUUUACAUAUUGUAUUUGGUAAGUGUUCACUACUUUUCCUGAUUAAGGGAUCUGUGCUGGGGAACAAAGCUUUUGCAGUACCUUAUAUUGUAGUUAAAAUUUUAUUUAACAUAUCCUUCAGUGAGCUCAUUUCACACUGUAGCCUCUUCCUUAAAAUUUGUGGUGCUCCUGUAACAGUAAGAACUAAUUCUGAAAUAAAAGACAUCUCCUAAUGCUGUGCAAACAUAGUUUACAUGUAUUGAAGGAGGCAGUUGUUAAAUUGAGUGACCAAUUUUAAGCAAUCAGAUAUUUGAAAACUGCACCCUUUAUUUUUGAAACUGUGAAUUAGAAACACUUUUCCUGCUGUAUUACUACCUGCUUUAACAUCCAAAUAUACAGUGAUUUUAAAUGAUAACAUACUGUGGUUAUUAGAUUAACAGGUUGAUUUUGAAUUUUCAGAUGAUAAUGCAGAAGACAUCACUUCUAGGAAGGAUUUUGACUAGUGCAUUGAUGUUGAAGUUGGUGCCAUUUCAAAAUGUGGCAGGUGAUAAUCUUAUACCAUAAUUUGCAUAAAACUGUAAUAGAAGUUUAUUUUGAGAUGUUAGUAUAUUAUGUACUAUGCAUUUCUGUGGUACAGAUGUUGUGGAUAUAUUUAAGUAUUUGGUUACAUGGUUUCACAAUAAAUUGCAAUACUGCAGGCUCUAGGACCGAAUAGGAGACUGACAUGCAUAUGUUGUGUGAAUGUCUUAGUUGGGUAAAGUUAAAUCCAAAUACUUCAA